GCAUGCGAGGGGACCCGUGAUGUUUCAUUACAACCUUUACGCAAACGAUUUCUUAAGACUUUCUAAGGACUCUCCUGUCUAAGGACUCCUGCCUCUGCACGAGGAUUGCUUUACUGGAAGAGAUCGGAGUAUUUCGAAAUUAAAGAAUUAGGGAAACGCAUACUUUUUUAAACAUAUAUGUUUUUGAAUAGACAGUCAUUGCAUACCACCCAGUUUUACAUUGUUAGGGGGCGUUCAGACCAAAACUAGACGUAACGCAUCAAGUAUAAUAGUCUCAAGACGAGACAAGGUGUCUAAAAAACGUUUUGCGCAUGUUUACAUAGAGAAACAAUUGAAAAACAGCACGUUCGGUGUGAACGGCCCCUCACUGUGUGCAGGUGUAUAAAACACCUCUCUUGGAUUUGCCCACCGGCUCUGUCGAACAUCAAGAAGCUUCCUAAUGAUGAUUUUAUGAACUUUACCGAUCCAUUUGUCUCCCCAUGCCCGUUCUUGUCGCUGUCAUGGAAUCGUUUGAGUUUUCUGUCACCGAGUCCACCGACAUCAUCAAACCCUACGAUCCCUUUACGGGUCCCCUCAAGUCUGUCGCGCCCUGGAAUUACACUUUCCUCGCCUGUCUGAUGUUCAUUGUGACUUCACUGUCUCUCAUAGAGAACUUCGCCGUUAUACUGGUGACGUUUAAAUAUAAACAGUUGAGAAAGCCGUUGAAUUAUAUAAUAGUCAAUUUAUCCGUUGCUGAUUUUUUAGUUUCACUUAUAGGAGGCACUAUAAGUUUUUUGACUAAUGCGAGGGGUUACUUCUUCCUCGGCGUCUGGGCGUGUGUGCUGGAGGGAUUUGCUGUCACUUUUUUCGGGAUUGUGGCUCUGUGGUCUUUAGCAAUCUUGGCAUUUGAGCGCUUUUUUGUCAUCUGCCGGCCUCUGAAAAAUGUCCGGCUGGGAGGAAAGCAUGCAGCUAUAGGUCUUAUUUUUGUCUGGACCUUUUCCUUCAUCUGGACAAUUCCACCAGUUCUGGGCUGGAGCAGUUAUACAGUCAGCAAAAUUGGCACCACCUGUGAACCUAACUGGUACUCUACUGAUUACUAUGACCACACCUACAUCAUCACCUUUUUCACCACAUGUUUUAUCCUUCCUCUUGGCGUGAUCGUUAUCUCCUAUGGUAAACUUAUGCAGAAGCUAAGAAAGGUAUCGAACACUCAUGGAAGGCUGGGUAAUGCACGUAAGCCUGACAGAGAGGUGGCAAGGAUGGUCAUUGUGAUGAUAGUAGCAUUCAUGGUCGGAUGGUCACCUUAUGCAGCAUUCUCAAUUACUGUCACAGCCUGUCCCACAAUCCAUAUUGAUCCUCGACUUGGCUCGAUACCAGCCUUCUUCUCAAAGACUGCAGCUGUAUACAACCCCAUCAUCUAUGUCUUCAUGAACAAACAAUUCAGGAAGUGUCUGAUCCAGAUGUUUAAAGGAAAUGGCACCAGUCUGGACUCCACCCAUUUGAAUCAGACAUCAGACAAAGGGGGCAUCACUACAACAGUAGAUAGUCACCUCGGAGACAUGUCCGUUAUUGCUGCUCGCGUGCCCAUGUCCAUGUCCACGUGCAAUAUGGAGAAGAGUGAGGAAGAAGAGGAGGAAACAGAGCAGAGUGGAAAUUAAGGUCCAAAGCAGCUCCCUUUAUUUGAGAAUAGGAUGUGUCCUUUGUAGAGGAGUGCAUAUACUGUAUGUCAGAAUGUAUGGUUUGUGUUUACAUAUAGGCGAUUCUCUGUUGAUGUUUGUAUUCCUUUAUGUUGUGCCGAUGUGCAAUCAGUCUUGGCGUAUCUGUGUACUUGUCAGUAUUGCAUUGUACUGCCUUACUUUACGUAAAUCCUGUGAAUCUGCAAAAUGAAGGAGGCAGACAAAACAUUUCUGUGCUGAGAGUGAGCAAGUGUUAUCUCAUUGUUUUGUUAAUUGCACACUGUUAUAUCAGUCCAGAUAGAGAGACUUGCAAAGUAAAAAAAAAAAAAAAAAAAUUGCUAAAUUUGACCAUGUAAAGUGUAACUGGUCAUAAUAGUCCAGCAGUAUUGCAAUAACAUUAGUCUCUUUCAGAGUUCUCUUGUGGAAACAAAACAUGUUUGUUAUAGUAGACUCAAGUGAGUUGGUUCAAAGACCAAAAGAGAAAGUGAGUGGCUGAACAAUCUACAUGCUUCAGGUUUUAGAAAUGCAUGUGUGAGAAAUUAAUUUUUUUCUGAAGCAAUCAAAAUAUCCUUUGGAUAGAUUCUCAAAUUUUUGAAUAGAGCUUCCUCAAUGUCUAUACUCCACAGAAUAUAACACAUUACUGUAUUUGAUGCCAUAAUUCAUUUAUGGUGAACUAACAGGUCAGACAUGACUGGCAGCGUAUCUGCUUUGCAGCUCAGUAUUAAGCCAUGAAAUUAAUGUAAGAUCAAAAUCUAUGAUACAUUUGUUUUUGUCUGUUGUUGAUUUCAUAGUAUUUAUUGUUUUGAACAGUUUAAUUGUAUUAAUUUAGCAUACUGUAUUUGUAUACAUUGAGAUAUGAGUGUUUAUGUGUUUCAGUUUACUGUCAGAAUGUCAAAUUAGGUCAAAAUGUUUGAUGUUUCUUCAGAUUUCUUGUGUCCAUGGUAAAUACUGAUAUUGAUGUUGAUCUGUGGCAUGCCAGUGAAUGUUUCACUUCUGUAUUUAUUUAUCUAAAUCUUGUUGGAUUAUAGAAAUCAUUUAGAUUUGGUGUGUUAUUUAAAUU